UUCAUCCGCUCGUGGAGGACUACUUAACGCUACUUAUGAUUUUAGUUUUCGGUACUUCCUUGUUUUUUAGCCAAAGUUGCCACUGAGAGCACUGGAUGUUUUGCUCUGUAAAUAUAUGACUAUAAAGCCAUAUACAAGCGCUGAAUUCGUCGUUAUUUAAAGAUAAUAAACCGCAACACUGGAGUCAUUGGUAACAUUAUCUCAUCACAAAUAUGCACUAUAAACCAGUCCGCCGGGUCGUGACCCCCCCCCCCACACACACACACACACAAUUAUUACACAGACAUACCGUUAUAUCUAUAAAUUAAUUUGAUGGCCAACAUUACCUCUGGUCAUCACCUCACACAGAAAUAAAAUGAUUCUUUAUUUUAUUUCUAUGAAUGUAACAUCCAUCAAAUGGUUUCCAAGCUGCCGUUAAGUAGCUAAAUAAUUAAUAGUUAUUACAGUUGCUUUUCAGUUGUCAUGGUUACAAUUCUGCAUCCAAAAUGGCGUCUUUGCUCGGACAGCAUCUUUUUGAAAUUAGUGGUCAGGGUCCACCUCCUCAAAAAGAUUUUUUCCAACUUCUUAUUACCAAAGAUGAGGUAAUAUGGACAUCAUGGGAGAUUUCUGUGCGACUUGAUGCCCGGGGCGCUGCACCCAGAGAGCUGAAGACAUCCCAUUCUGAUUUUAUACAUCAGAAAAUGCUACAGCAACAAGUUAGUUCUGUUUUCGGAGAGAGGAUCCUGGACCACACAAGAUCACUUUGUCAAGGAAAGUUUGAUUACCUGGAGCGCUUACCUGAUGACAUAAUGCUACAAAUCCUGUCCUACCUAGAGCUAAAAGAUACGACACUGUUGGCACAGGCUUCACAGAGAUUCAGAAAGCUCUGCAACUCUGAGAUGUUUUGGGAGCAGACUGUGAGGAAUCGCUGUGCUGAGUUCACCAGUGACAUGGAGGGCAUAGGAAAUUGCAUGGGCUGGAGGAAGAUGUUUUUUACCUUUUUCCACACUAGUGGCAGCGAGGAGCAGCAGUGAAGCAACUGAUCAGUUGUAUUACGGUUUUGAAACAACUGCAAUACAAAUGCUAUCACAGUAGAUGGAUAGUCAGUAUUAAUUUUGUACUUUGUGAAACAAGAGCCAAUGUUUUCAUUGAGGUUUAUUGAGUGUUAAAUGUACUGUUGAGAUGUGUGAUUUACAAAAAGUGUAAAUUGUAUUAGUUUAAAAGUGCCAAAUAUUCUUCAAAACAAAUCAGUAUUUGUAUGUGUUGCUACUUUCUUGUUAAACUUGGGAUGAUAACAAUUACCACCAGUAUGUAAUGAAUAAAUGUCGUCACUUGCAAGUUA